GAUAGACUUUAUAGGUAGUCAUAGCUUAUCUUUUGCCGAACCCGUCAGGAUAUAACCGAGCAGGUAGCUACAAAAGAGUGAACGCCGCCAACACAGUCCCAGAAACUGCCCUCUCACUCAGUUUCGUUUGUAUACGUUUCUUUGAAUGUUGUGCACGGUUCAUAACCAAGCAUCAACGCAACAUACGAUUCUCCUGGAAUGAUCUUCCAAAACUCUCUGUAUCGCUUUGAGUUGUUUGAAAAAGUUAUUUAGCACUCAAUAGCGACUGGAGCUGACGAAACCAUCAGUACAUGGGUUACGUCCAGUUGCGGCUGUGGAAAUGAGCUGCUGGCCAAAAGGCGCUCUACCAAUUUGUCUUCUUCUUCUUGCAGCAAACGUGUUAUGGAGUUCAGGUUGCCAAAAGCAAACUUUCACUCAUAAACCCGCUAAGCCCACUCAUGUCUACGUUGGUAGUAAUGUUUCUUUAGAAUGGCGCUACUGCCAGCCGAGUCAUUUCAAACUUUACGAGGUGGCGUUUGGUUUAUGGACUAGUUCUCCAGGUGUUCUGAGUAAAAAACUUGUGGCAGUCAGUAGGAGCGGUUCUGUUCAAGUAAGAGGAGGAUACGAAGGCUUAGUUAGUUGGGCAGGAGAUUUGACUUCUUCCCAUGCAGUGUUUGUGCUUUAUCAUGUGCAGUCCGCAGACGAAAACAAAGUAUUUGGAAUCCACGUCGAGUACAGUGGUUUAAAUUCACCAUUAAUAGACACAAUACAGCUUCAAGUCGAGGCAGAACCCAUUGCAGAUCUUCCAAGAAUCACCUAUGUCACUACUCCACCCCUGGUCAGAACGGGACACAACGUGAGUCUUAAUUGCAUGGCCAGCAGUUUUUCUCCUGUUAACGUCACGUGGUACAAAGGGAAUAAAGUCUUGACUGAUGGUAUGUCUGAGGCGGUGCUAACACUGAAGAACAUCACAGAUAAGGACUGGGGCAAGUUCCUGUGCGUUGCUAAAAAUUCUGCAGGAGAAGAUGAAAGGAGUGUUAUCCUCAAAGUUCUCCCCGAGAGCCCAACAAUAUUGAACACAAAUAAGAAAGUGUACAACGCCAGCUGGACCCUGCAAUGGUCACCGGUUUACAGUGAAGGACACCUGGUGACGUUAUACACCGUGUGGCAUACAAAAGACACAACGAUUCGUGAGAAAUCAUGGUUUCAAGAGAAUGUUACCGGUCUUUUGUUCCGCAUAGAGCUUACCGCUGAUACGUCUUACUUGUUCGCUGUAACAGCUUGGAACAGAUGGGGCGAGAGUUUACUGGAAAAAGGAAAAAUAUUGUCCAUAACAACAGACUUUCCACCAAGGAUUACACAAAAAACAGCCAUAACGGUCACUUUUCUUCAUACAGUAUCAACAGAACCUGAGGCAUUGGCAUUGCCCUCCAGCAGCUACACUAAAAAUUCUGUCAGCGGAAGUACUGAACUUACCCUCUAUACAACUCUGUCUGUUAUUUUGUGCAUACUUAUGCUUGUGGCUGUCGCCAUUUUCCUCAAACGAAGGAAACGAAACAACAAAAAGAACACAAGUAAGUAACUUACUAUACGGAUAAGUUGUCAUCUUUCAUUCAAAGCAAUGCAGUACAUGACAACUGACUUCAAGUAAUAAUAUGACAAGUAAAGUAAAACAAAUUAGGAGAGGGCAUCGACCUUUCAAAGUGACUCCAUCGCGAGACAAACGAAAAAAAAAAUUCCUCGCCUAUCGUUUACCAAGAAAAAGAAUAAAUAAAUUAAUCAUCUGUAGUUAACAAGGGCUAGGAAAACUGGGAAAACAUGGUGCUUUUCAAAUAUCACUUGUCACCCGAUUAACAUUUAAUUUAUUUACCAGUAUAGUACAUAAGCAUGGUAACGCAGCCUAUUGUUCCAUUGGCUGAGCGAUCGACUCGCAAAGCGAACGAGGACCAGAGAAAAUUGGGAUAAAUAAAUUAUUAAUACAUGAAGAAGGAAAAAAGGAAGAAAAGAAGAGAAAAAAAAAACAACGAAGAAAUAAAAUAUGAAAGAAAUGAAGACGAAAGG